AUGUCCAACGACCAUAGCAGCGGAAACGGACGUAGGCGCCCGCAUGGGGAUCAGAGAGUUUACCAUGAGAGUCCAGGCUACGGCGACGACGACGUAACAACGCAUACAGCUGUGAGACAUCCAAGCGACCGGUCAUCGAGAGGUAGCCCUUCGGCAGCUAUGUUUGUCGAUCAGUGGGCACAUGGCGACUCUAAUGGCUCGCGACGCCCUCUAGAGGUGCGACGGUGCUGGAUCGGGCCUGAGUUUUCAACAUCCCGGCCCAUCGGUGACGGCGUCCCACCACAGCGUGGCCAUCGACAGAACUCUGGCAAUCAGCAAGGGGCAAACCGCCGAGACGCCAGCUAUCAAAGGCCUAGCGAUCCUGGCAGUCCACAGCAACCGCGCCAGUCCCCGGUUAGCAACGCAGAGGGUGCGGGCGACAUGAACAACAACAAGCAACUCGUCGUCAGAACGCAAGCACCCCGUCUACAUCAGACCGGAUAUGCCCUACGAAGUCGCUACCCCAACUCGGACAACAACCCGAGCCUGGACUACGUGUUGGAACAGCUCGAGCGAGAGCUUCAAGCAGCAGCCAGAUUUUAUGGAGCAUACAUUGAGGCUCACGCGAAACAAUUAGCCAAAGCCGCCGAUGCUGGCUGCAAUAGAGAUGUACUCAACAUGAUUUGGGUGCAAGUCGUUUCGGCAAAGAUCAACAACGACGUUAAUGAGACAGGCCGAUUUCAUGACACAUGUGCUGCAAUCCAAGAGAAGUUGAAAACAAUCAAGGAUUUAUCUACUCCUCUGGAUGAAGCAAACUGGGACAAGCCCGGUGGCGCCCUGGAAAGCGCCAUGAGCAAGCAAAGGCGGGUAGGUUUGAAGAUGCUGGUAGUGCUCGUCCAAGGAAUCACGAUGACGGCGCAGACAGUACAGAGGGAGCGAACCAGUUGCUUGGCCGUGUACAACAUGAUCGAGCAAGCCCUUGCUAUGCUCGAUCAGAAAAAGGGAGACAACCUUUACCUGUACAAGAAGUAUGACAAAGGCGAUGCGGUGAGCCUAGACAACAGAGCUGAGACUGAGCAAGAGGAGAACGACGAGGCAAAUGAGUCCUCCAACGGGUGGAAGGCUACCGAAUGA